GUUAACCCUUGACCUCGGCACAACUGAGACUCCCAAACAAAUCGAUAUCACCUGGCAUGUCUCAAAGUUUAGAAUUUACAAGGAUAAACUACGUUAAAUACGACGGCUAAAUGGAAUUCAAACACCAUCAUGGAGGAUUCCCAUCUCAUCAGCCAGGGGGGCAUGUACACUUUCCACAAGAACAAGUUGUCCAACAUGACUCUGAGAUUGUCAUUUGUCCUGAGGGAGACAGGACUCUUGGUGUUCAUUUAGGUUUUUUACAACACAGACAUCACUACGAGGUGGCCUUCACUAUACAGGAUGAUCUGGGGGAGGAUGUAGACAUAGAACCUUCCCUACAUGCUAGAAUACUGGAAGUUAUGCCUUCAGAAACAGAAUAUCCUGGCCACACAGUGGCAGUGGAUCUUGCUGCACACAAAGAAAAACUUAUGCAAGAAAAGAUCACUCUCAGGAGCAGAAAUGACAAAAAUAAGGCCAUCACCUUAGUGCUGCAUGCUAGAGUAUUAGGGCGAGGCAAGGGCACCCCAGCAUUAAGGAACGGCAUAAAAUGCACAGGCAUUGAUGCAGAUGAGGAAUCAGAAGCAAGUGACUGGAUGGGCUUUGAUUGACACAUUAACCUCAGUUUACCACAGUAAACUUUUUUAUAUGUUUGAUAACGAUGAUUGCGUUAUAAGUAGAGCAUCUUUUCAUCCAACUCUGUGUUGUAUUUCUUUGAAGAGGAAACCUCUCUAUAAAGGUGGUUUUGACACAUUCUGUACAGUUUUAAAAACUUCAAAGUAGUCUACGUAAGUGAAGUUACUCAGUUAAAAAUAAGGUGUUUGUCUAGAUUAUAUGUUUCACUAAAGCAUUAAUCAUACAUCAAACAAUUUUCAGCACAAGACACCAAUAUUCUGCACUUUCAUACUGAUAGAUUGUCUUUCAGCACAUAAAUACAAGUUUCUGGUCUCCACAACUGAUAAGCAUCUGCAAGUUUUCGUCUAUUAAUAGUUCUUCACCUGGUUUGUCACUUGGUAAUGUAUGGAUGGAUGCUUGUGGUCCAAGAUUAACCCCAUCAUGAAAAAGGGACACAAAUUUGCAGAUGUGAGGUUGUUCCUUUUUUAUCAGUGAGCCAGACCCAGUAACUGUUAAGUUGUGCCAAUACAUAAAAAUAUAUAAAAUGCAUUAAAAAUCUUGGUAUGGCUAUGGCAUGGCUGUGCUGAAUAACAGUAGGUUCUGCUGAAAAUUAUUAGAGGUAUUGGGUAUUUGUAUUUCUCAUUUACAUGGUAUGUAUAUAUCUAGACCUAUUAUUUCUUUUUUAUAUACAGACACCGUAUACAUCUGUAUGUAUCCUGAUAACUGUCUAUGGCAUAAUUUUACUUUAAAUUUCUGAGCAGCUUUGUUUGGUUGUAGAAGAAAGGUCCCUUGCAAAAAUUAGCAGGAUAGG